AAACGCUUCGCAAGUGCAAGGUCAUGGAGGUGAGUUUCGUUUUUUCCUGUAAUAUUUUUUAUUUUUUAUUAACUGUUGAUGAAUUUGCUUAGCAGAAAAUUUAACCUGUUUUCUUUCUUUUUUUCACUUUUGUCUUCCAUCUCUUUUAACUCUCGUAUUUGUAGCUGGAAUAUUAAGGGAAAAAAUGCAGUUUUGAUGAUAGUUUCUCAGUUAAAUUGGGUUGUUCUUUUCUCUUCUUUUGUAUUUUGAAUAUUUUUUUGUUUCGAAUUUCAAUUGGACUGGUCUAAGGCCUGGAGAGGAGUGUUUGGGUACUGGAAUGUGCCAUUUUCAUUCCCUUUGUGGUGGAUGAUUUUGACCAAAUGUGCAAGCUAGGUUCAUGUGGCAGUCGCUGGAGUAAUGGUAGAGGAUAUUCAAUUCCCCCCACCUACAUGCAUCACUGUGCCAAAAUAUUUAUGAUUCUCAGUACAUGUUGAGUACUUAUGUACUUGUGUUGAUUGCUACACCAGACUGCAAUCCACAUCUUCAUUCGUACUUCAAAACCCGGUAUGGGUUUAUAAUUUUCGCUUCAUUUAGAUUUAUUUACUAGAGGAAACUGGUUUUUUUGUUAGAAUCCCAUGAAUAGACAAGUAGAAGUAUAUGUCAAUGAAAACAAGUAGCUUGAAUAUUGGAGUUUUGUAGCUGGCGGUUUUGUGAUACCAUCUUCAUGAAUUCAAUUCCGUCUAUCACUUCAUUCUAGCAUUUUAAGACAUUUAUAUCAAUUUGGUACUUAUUGACAGGGACAUUCCGAAAAGAAGCAACGUGAUUAAUUGGUGCAAUCAUAGCGUUGAAGUGUUGAACUUGUUAAUUGAUGUUAUAGUCGGAUUCGGUUUCUUGUUGUUAAUGUUUAAUGCUCUUGUUACUGAGAUUGAAGUGUUUGGGGUUUAGAUCCGAGCAUAUUUAGUCACGUAAGGGAGGUUGAUAGCUUUGGCAGUGACAGUUUUUAGUCCUCUUAUUUUCAAGUAUCAACACACUGCUGGGAAAUCUCUUAUUUUGUAUCAAGUAUAUUCCUUGAGGGGAUAGAAUACGACUCCUAUAUGAAUACUCUAUUCUCGCCUUCUACUUUCCUCCUUCCAUUACCUUCCCGGCCGUCAUUUCCUUUUGUUCGAACACAGCCUCUCCACACGUCACUAGUUCAUCACCGAUGUUUUUGUGGCUGCCUCUCUUCCCUUUCUGUUUCUUUUUGGUCCAGUUUGGGCCCUCGCCGGUCAUCCAUAGCUUGUACAACUCCUUCAAAUGAGGGAUCAGUUUCCGUAGUUAAUUUUGAAGAUUUUGUCGAAAAAGAUUGGUCAUUUCUUGAUUCUGAUGAUUUAAACUCGAAUGAAGAGAAUAACCAAAAGAUUGGCCGUAUAAUUUCUGCUGGAGGAAUUGACGAGACUUCAAGGGUUUUGAUUUCAAUUGGUUCUGAAGAAUUUGUGGAUCAGUUGGUUAGUACUUCACCCUGCAAAAUUUUGUUUGUUGUCCAUGAUUCCCUUUUUCUGUUAGCUUGCGUCAAAGAAAAAUACGACAAUGUUAAAUGUUGGCAAGGGAAAUUAAUACAUGUUCCAGAAAAGUGGUCUCCUCUGGAUGUUGUGUUUCUCUAUUUCCUACCUGCUUUGCCCUUUCAACUUGAUCAGAUUCUCAGGGAGCUCGCAAAACUUUGUUCGCCAGGUGCCAAAUUAGUCAUCAGCCAUCCCCAAGGGAGGGGGGCGUUAAUGCAGCAACGGGAACGAUAUCCAGAUGUUAUAGUUUCUGACUUGCCUGAUAAGAGUAAUUUAGAGAAAGCUGCUGCUGAAAAUUCUUUUGAGAUGGCUGAAUUUGUGGACGAGCCUGGUUUUUAUCUCGCGGUUCUGAAAUUUUGUCAGGCAAGAAGCUGAUUCUAGGCAUUUGGUCUCAUUGUUUCGCUAGUUAUGUAACAGUAAUGUACCAAUUAUGUGUGUCAGAAAUUUGAUUCAAUUUGUGGAUGAACCUGGAUUCUGCUUCUCCAGACCCAAGUCAUGAUUAUAUUGCUGAUCAUUUCAUUUAGUUAUACUGUUCCUUCA